AUGGAAGCUAUGAGGCCCAGUUGUGCUCAGAACCCAAGUUGUAGCAUAAUGAUAUUUCAUCCAACCAAAGAAGAAUUUACUGAUUUUGAUAAAUACAUUGCUUACAUAGAAUCGCAAGGGGCGCACCGAGCAGGCUUGGCUAAGAUAGUUCCACCCAAGGAAUGGAAAGCCCGCCAGACCUACGAGGAUAUCGAUGACAUCCUAAUAGCCGCUCCGCUCCAGCAGGUGGUCUCUGGGCGGGCAGGUGUGUUUACUCAAUACCACAAAAAGAAGAAGGCCAUGACCGUGGCAGAGUACCGCCGCUUAGCAAAUACUGAAAAAUACCAGACUCCAUCACACUUAGAUUUUGAAGAACUGGAGCGAAAAUAUUGGAAAACCCGCCUCUAUGAGUCCCCAAUAUACGGCGCGGACAUCAGUGGCUCUUUAUUUGAUGAAAACACGAAGCAGUGGAACCUGGGACACCUGGGGACCAUCCAGGACCUGCUGGAGCAGGAGUGCGGGGUGGUCAUCGAGGGCGUCAACACCCCCUACCUGUACUUCGGCAUGUGGAAGACCGCCUUCGCCUGGCACACGGAGGACAUGGACCUUUACAGCAUCAACUUCCUGCACUUCGGGGAGCCCAAGACGUGGUACGCGGUGCCGCCCGAGCACGGCCGGCGCCUGGAACGCCUGGCCGGCGCGCUCUUCCCGGGCAGCUCGCGGGACUGCGAGGCCUUCCUGCGCCACAAGGCGGCGCUCAUCUCGCCCACGGUGCUCCGGGACAACGGCAUCCCCUUCGGUCGGGUCACGCAGGAGGCGGGCGAGUUCAUGGUGACCUUCCCCUACGGCUACCACUCGGGCUUCAACCACGGCUUCAACUGCGCCGAGGCCAUCAAUUUCGCCACCGCGCGCUGGAUCGAUUACGGCAAAGCGGCCUCGCAGUGCAGCUGCGGCGAGGCGCAGGUGGCCUUCUCCAUGGACGCCUUCGUGCGCAUCCUGCAGCCCGAGCGCUAUGAGCUGUGGAAGCGCGGGCAGGACCGGGAGGUGGUGAACCACGCCAAGCCCGCGGCGCCGGGCGGCCGGGAGCUGAGCGCCUGGAAGGAGGUGCAAACGCUGGGCCCCAAGUACUUCCCGCCUCGCCGCACCGCCCGCCUGCGUCAUCCCGUGUCCUCAAGCGAGGGCACCGACCCCAGAGCCCCUGUGCGGGCCAUGUCCCUGCGCCCCUUGCCUGCCCGGGGUUCCUGCUCGGCCUCCCAGUCUAAUGCUGUCGCCGGCAGCAGCUCACGGAAGCCCAGCCAGACCCCUCCGCUGUCGCCAGGUCCGUCGGUGGCGUCGUGUCUCCACCCAGUUGGCAGAUGUGGUUCUCGUCGUCGCCCUCGGGAAAAGGGCACUCAAGAGCCGACUGCCCCCGUCGGAGCUAAGAGGGGCCUCGCCUUAGACCGCAAGGCUCAAGACCCCAAGGCUGAACCCCUGUCUGCAGAGGGACGGAUGGACAACCCUGCCCCAUCGAAUCCUGGACUCUAG